AUGAUCGAGUCCUUUGUCAGGGAGACUCAGUCUUUCCCUUGGCCUGAGCCCACUCCGACCUCGUCGGUGGCUCCAAUUCCCACCGUCGUCCCCGGGAGUGAUCCCAUCUUCCAGAUGCUCCAUGACACCGGGAAACGGACCCUAUGGGUGGUUACUGUGCUUAUGGGUCUCUCCUCUCUCGUGUUCUACGUUCUAGGUGCUCGAGUGCCCCUUAGCAAACGCGUAUUCCAUGUCCUUGUCUCCCUAGCCAGUACAAUCUCCUUUAUCGUCUACCUCGCCCUCGCAACAGGGGAAGGCAUGGACUGGAAGCUCGACGUCGUCAAAGAGCACAACAAGCACGUCCCUAACACCACACAAGACUACUACCGCCAGAUCCUCUGGCUCCGCUAUAUCCUCUGGUUCCUGACCGAGCCAUUGGGUCUCAUCAGCCUGUCCCUGCUCUCCGGUCUUCCGGGCGCACACUUGCUCAUCGCCAUCGCAGCAGACUAUGUGAUGCUCGGCUCCGGCAUUCUGGGCACCUAUGCCGGCCAUACCUCGCGCAGAUGGGUCUGGUUUACCAUUAGCGCGAUCGGGUACCUGACGACAGUGUACCACAUCAGUGUCCAUGGUAGUAGGGCGGCAAGCAACAAGGAUGUCCAGACGAAGCGGUUCUUUGGAACCCUUUCGGGCGUGAUGUUGUUUGUCAAGGUUUUGUACCCUGUGGCCCUCGCUGCCGGAGCUCUUGCUCUGAAGAUAAACGUUGAUGUAGAGACUAUUCUGUUCGCCAUCUACGAUAUCUUCUCCCAGGGUAUCCUCGGAUACUGGCUGAUUCUUGCGCAUGAUGGCGCUCCCGGAAUCACCCUCAAUGUUGACGGCUUCUGGUCCCAUGGACUGGGCAACGAAGGCGCCAUUCGCAUCAGCGAAGAGGAUGGAGCGUAA